ACCUUCACUGCCUGGUGCAACUCCCACCUGAGGAAGGCCGGGACGCAGAUCGACAACAUCGAGGAAGAUUUCCGGGACGGGCUGAAGCUCAUGCUGCUGCUGGAGGUGAUCUCAGGGGAACGCUUGGCCAAACCGGAGCGGGGCAAGAUGAGAGUCCACAAGAUCUCCAACGUCAACAAAGCGCUGGACUUCAUCGCCAGUAAAGGAGUGAAGCUGGUCUCCAUCGGUGCUGAAGAGAUCGUAGACGGUAAUGCUAAGAUGACCCUGGGGAUGAUCUGGACCAUAAUCCUCCGCUUCGCCAUCCAGGACAUUUCAGUGGAAGAAACAUCCGCCAAAGAAGGUCUCCUGCUGUGGUGCCAGAGGAAGACGGCGCCCUACAAGAACGUCAACAUCCAGAACUUUCACAUCAGCUGGAAAGACGGGUUGGGCUUCUGCGCUCUCAUCCAUCGACACCGUCCAGAGCUCAUCGAUUACGCCAAACUGCGCAAGGACGACCCGAUGACCAACCUGAACACAGCCUUCGACGUGGCGGAGAAGUACCUGGACAUCCCCAAGAUGCUGGACGCAGAAGACGUCGUUAGCACCUUGAGGCCCGAUGAGAAGGCCGUCAUGACUUAUGUGUCGUGUUACUACCACGCGUUCUCAGGCAAGCAGAAGGCGGAGACGGCGGCCAACCGGAUCUGCAAGGUGCUGGCCGUCAACCAGGAGAACGAGCAGCUGAUGGAGGACUAUGAGAAGCUGGCCAGCGACCUGCUGGAGUGGAUCCGGCGCACCAUCCCCUGGCUGGAGAACCGGCUGCCCGAGAACACCAUGCAGGCCAUGCAGCAGAAGCUGGAAGACUUCCGGGACUACCGGCGCCAGCACAAGCCGCCCAAGGUGCAGGAGAAGUGCCAGCUGGAGAUCAACUUCAACACGCUGCAGACCAAACUCCGGCUCAGCAACAGGCCCGCCUUCAUGCCCUCGGAGGGGAAGAUGGUGUCGGACAUCAACGCGGGCUGGGGGGGGCUGGAGGGGGCGGAGAAAGGCUACGAGGAGUGGCUGCUGAACGAGAUCCGCCGGCUGGAGCGGCUCGACCACCUGGCCGAGAAGUUCCGGCAGAAAGCUGCGAUCCACGAGGCCUGGACCGAAGGUAAGGAGGAGAUGCUGCAGAAGCGCGACUACGAGACGGCGUCGCUGUCGGAGAUCAAGGCGCUGCUGAAGAAACACGAGGCCUUCGAGAGCGACCUGGCGGCGCACCAGGACCGCGUGGAGCAGAUCGCCGCCAUCGCCCAGGAGUUGAACGAGCUGGACUACUACGACUCCCCCAGCGUUAACGCUCGCUGCCAGCGGAUCUGCGACCAGUGGGACGCGCUGGGCGCCAUGACGCAGAAGCGCAGCGAGGCGCUGCAGAGAACCGAGAAGCUGCUGGAGACCAUCGACCAGCUGUACCUGGAGUUCGCCAAGAGGGCGGCGCCCUUCAACAACUGGAUGGAGGGAGCCAUGGAGGACCUGCAGGACACCUUCAUCGUGCACACCAUCGAGGAGAUCCAGGGCCUCAGCACGGCCCACGAGCAGUUCAAGGCGACGCUGCCGGAGGCCGACAAGGAGCGUCAAUCCAUCCUGGGGAUCCACAACGAGAUCUCCAAGAUCGUGCAGACGUACCACGUCAACAUAGCCGGCAGCAACCCCUACACCACCAUCGACCCGCAGGAGGUCAACGCCAAGUGGGACAAGGUCCGGCAGCUGGUGCCGCAGCGCGACCAGGCGCUGAUCGAGGAACACGCCCGGCAGCAGAACAACGAGCGGCUGCGCCGGCAGUUCGCCACGCAGGCCAACGUGAUCGGGCCCUGGAUCCAGACCAAGAUGGAGGAGAUCGGGCGCAUCUCCAUCGAGAUGCACGGCACGCUGGAGGACCAGCUCACCAACCUGCGGCAGUACGAGAAGAGCAUCGUCAACUACAAGCCCAAGAUCGACCAGCUGGAGGGAGAUCACCAGCUGAUCCAGGAGGCCCUGGUGUUCGACAACAAGCACACCAACUACACCAUGGAGCACAUCCGCGUGGGCUGGGAGCAGCUGCUCACCACCAUCGCCAGGACCAUCAACGAGAUCGAGAACCAGAUCCUGACGCGGGACGCCAAGGGCAUCAGCCAGGAGCAGCUCAACGAGUUCCGGGCGUCGUUCAACCACUUCGACCGGGACCACUCGGGCACUCUGGGCGCCGAGGAGUUCAAGGCCUGCCUGAUCAGCCUGGGCUUCGAUAUCGCCAACGACGCUCAGGGCGAGAACGAGUUCUCCCGCAUCAUGAGCAUCGUGGACCCCAACCGGAUGGGCCUCGUCACCUUCCAGGCCUUCAUCGACUUCAUGUCCCGCGAGACGGCCGACACGGACACAGCCGACCAGGUCAUGGCUUCCUUCAAGGUGCUGGCCGGCGACAAGAACUACAUCCUGGCGGACGAGCUGCGCCGGGAGCUGCCGCCGGACCAGGCGGAGUACUGCAUGGCCCGCAUGGCGCCGUACGCCGGGCCCGACGCCGUCCCCGGGGCCCUGGACUACAUGUCCUUCUCCACCGCGCUGUACGGCGAGAGCGACCUCUGAACAGGCCCCGCCCACCGCCCAAGCCCCGCCCACCGCCCAAGCCCCGCCCACCACCCUCACGCCGACUGUUUGUACGUUUCUGGCCUUAUCUUGUCGUCCGUGCCCCCCCCACCCCACCCAUCACUCCGUCUUCGCUUCCCCGCGCGAUGCAGCGUCUCUCCGGGUUUACAGAGACGGAGAGACAAAAAAAUAUUUGUUUUUUUUUUAUUUUCUUGUUGUUCAUUGUUUUUCUUCAGAAAAUGAAUAAAGUUAACAUAUUUUAUUAUACUGAACAAAAAAGGUAUUUUUCUUCACCUGAUUUGAAAAUAAGAGACGAAAAUUGUAAUAAAGAAAAUAAAUUGCUUUA